UCCCCUCCCACUCCCUGCUCCUCUCUGAGCUCGAGCCUCUCUUCCCCCUCUCUGCCUUCACUAGUUCUCCUCCCGAAACCUGCGCGAGGCGGCCACUGAAGCGCGAGCCGAUUCCCCCCUCUCCCCUGCCUGCACUUGAGUCAACAUGGCUACAGUUGUAACCUCGACCAGAUUCACAGACGAAUAUCAGCUGUACGAGGAACUCGGAAAGGGUGCCUUCUCAGUCGUCCGCCGAUGCGUCAAGAAGUCCACUGGCCAGGAGUAUGCUGCUAAAAUUAUCAACACAAAAAAGCUCUCAGCCAGAGAUCACCAGAAACUGGAGCGGGAGGCAAGAAUCUGUCGUCUGCUGAAACAUCCAAACAUAGUACGACUCCAUGACAGCAUCUCGGAGGAAGGCUUCCAUUACCUUGUCUUUGACCUCGUCACUGGAGGAGAGCUGUUCGAGGACAUCGUUGCUAGAGAGUAUUACAGCGAGGCAGAUGCCAGCCACUGCAUCAAUCAGAUCCUGGAGAGCGUCAGUCACAUCCACCAGCAUGACAUUGUGCACAGGGACCUCAAGCCAGAGAAUCUGCUCCUUGCCAGUAAGAUGAAGGGAGCAGCGGUGAAGCUUGCAGAUUUCGGUCUAGCCAUCGAGGUGCAGGGGGACCAACAGGCAUGGUUUGGUUUUGCAGGAACUCCAGGAUAUCUGUCUCCAGAAGUUUUGAGAAAGGAUCCAUACGGCAAGCCAGUGGACAUAUGGGCAUGUGGUGUGAUCCUGUACAUCUUGUUGGUGGGCUACCCUCCCUUCUGGGACGAGGACCAACACAAAUUGUACCAACAAAUCAAGGCCGGUGCAUAUGAUUUUCCUUCUCCAGAGUGGGACACAGUGACCCCCGAGGCCAAGAAUCUGAUCAAUCAGAUGUUAACGAUUAACCCUGCCAAAAGGAUCACAGCCGACCAGGCCCUCAAGCAUCCCUGGGUCUGCCAACGCUCCACUGUGGCCUCUAUGAUGCACCGUCAAGAGACUGUGGAGUGUCUGCGCAAGUUCAACGCCAGGAGGAAACUUAAAGGAGCCAUCCUCACAACAAUGCUGGUGUCCAGGAACUUUUCAGUGGGACGGCAGCAUACCAGCCCUGCCGCUACCACCAGCACGGCCGCAAUGGCACAGGAAGCAUGCAAAACUUUACUAAACAAAAAGUCGGACGGUGUGAAGUCGCAGGGAACCAACAGUAAAAACAGUGUAGUAAGCAGCAGCAGCACCAAAGACAGCAGCAUGUCAUCUUCAGCACCAAUGGAAGCCCAGACAACUGUUGUACACAACCCAGCUGAUGGCACCAAGGGCUCCACAGAGAGCUGUAAUAACACAGAAGAGGAGGAGAUGAAAGGUAGGAAAGUGGCUGCCUCUGAGUCUGCUGGUACAGACAGUGGAGUGUUAAGCGAGUGCAGCACUACUGAGGAACAGACCCAGACCCUGUCUCCUCACUGCCCCACCUCUGGUCCCCUGCAGGAGGCUACUAGCAGCCCCAGUGUCCUUCAGACCAGUCCAGCUCAGAGCUCCCGUCCUGAACCAGAGUCCGCUCUGACACCUCCCACAGGCAGCAGCCGCAACCUGCUGCAGACUCGUAAACAGGAGAUUAUAAAGAUGACAGAGCAGCUGAUCGAAGCCAUCAACAACGGGGAUUUCGAGGCUUACACGAGAAUCUGUGACCCUGGACUGACUUCCUUUGAGCCAGAGGCUCUUGGAAACCUGGUGGAGGGCAUGGACUUUCACAAGUUCUACUUUGAGAACCUGCUGAGUAAAAACAGCAAGCCUGUCCACACCACCAUCCUCAAUCCCCACGUCCAUCUGAUUGGUGAGGAUGCUGCCUGCAUUGCCUACAUCCGCCUGACGCAGUACAUGGACAGCCAGGGCCGGCCGCGCUCCUGUCAGUCGGAGGAGACGCGCGUGUGGCACCGUCGCGAUGCCAAAUGGCUCAACGUGCACUUCCACUGUUCAGGAGCACCGGCUGCACCACUGCAGUGAACUGACAACCCAGGCCCAGCUUUGCCUGAACUCUAAAGCUGUUUGGAGCAUUUAUCCUCCGUGGUCGGAUUGGUGCCUGGAUCCUGGCCGGGAAGAGGCUGCUUGGAAAGUUGUAAAAACACAAAAGUGGGGAAAAUACAUCAUAAAUUAAAAAGAAAAAACAAACAAACAAAAAAAAUGCAUAUUUCAAAAGCUUGACUGAAUGACCGACCACACCGACCAACACCAAUCCAGUCCUACCCUAGCUAGGUGAUUUUGGGGCCCGGCUGACGUCAGCCGCCUCUUGCAGAUGGUGCAUGUUUCUGGUGGCGACACAGGGUGAUGCUGUCCUGGUUCUCGUCUCCCAUGGCCUUUAUUUCCCUGUCUUUGUUUUGUCUGCUGUCUGGAAAAGUAUUAAACAUGUUAAAAAUAUAUAUUUAACAGAAAAACACUUCACACACACAGUGAAUAGAACUGGGGAGGAAAAAUGUGAUUUCUUUUUGUUGUUGUCUUGAGAGAGCAGCAGAAGGUCUACUUUAGCAGAAGAUUGUUUUACAGUUACAGGUAUAUGUGGGUUGGGUUUAUGGGAACGGAGCAAAUAAUAUCUACGUAAUAUCAGAGUUUAACAAGUGUCAGGUCUGAGCAUCUGCACACACACAAUGUUUCAAAGGGGUUUAGGGAUCGUGAUUGGUUACUGAAGGGACCUUUAUUUUUAUUUGUGUUUUUGUAUUAUGUGUUACAAGCCGUUUUUACCUGAAUGAUGUAUUUUAAAGUAUUUUGUGUUGAAAAAGGAUCAUUUUUAAUCAAAAGGGGGAUUUUAUUUAAUAGAACUGUGUAUAAAUAGAUAUUUAUAUAGGAGAAAAGGGGAAACAUGAUUUACUUUCAGGGUGUAGGGAGGAGAGUUCAGCAUGAGCGGGUGAUUUUUUUUUUUUUUUUUUCUGCUUUGAGGUCCCGAGUUGUAAAUACAGAACACACACCAUGCAUGCACACACACACACUCGCACACUCAAGGUCCCUGUGCUCCAGCCUGUCGGGUUGAGCCUCUUGAGCUUUAGACAUGACAAACAUCUAGGCCAGCUCAUCCUGAAGUUGCAGAAGGCCUCCACCUGUCUGCCCUGCAGUGUUUGAACACUGAGAGGCACUGUCGCUCACAGUAAAGCUCCUCACGUCUCUGAAGUACCUAAUCGAAGCUCGGACGCUCUCUCACGCCAACCUCUUCCUUUUCUUUUAUCUGUUUGUGUGUAUUUUUGACGUGAAGCAUGAAUAUUGAACUGUCUAAUGGCCUGUACUGUUUUUGCACAGACACUUACGACUCGAUGCUGUUGUGUUCGCUCUUUAUGAGGGAGUGAACCUUUCUGCAACUUCAGGUUACGCUCGCCAAAUCCCUUCCCGUCCACCCUACCUCUGCCCCUCCUACUUCCAUCAUUCCUGCCUCUUAUACUCGCCCCAUUACUGUCCUAGUAGCUCCACGCCGUGUGAUGAUGAUGAUGAUGAUGAUGAUGUCACCCUUAUGCCUGUCUCUUGUUCUGAUUGUGUUCUUAAAAUUUGUAUGUCGUCCUUCUUGGCUUGCUGUACUUCUGUGUGAAGUCCUGGCACUAUUAAAAAAGCAUGUUAAAAAGGGAAUGCAGCCGAGGUGUUGGACCAAAAAAAAAAAGAAAAAAAAAAGGCAUGAUGGGAAGAGGGCUAUGCCGGCUGGAGGGCUGUGGGACCUUCGCUGAUGGCAAUCAAUGUACUUGGUCCCUUUGUCACAGUUUCUGUUGUAAGUGUCGUAGUCGUUAGUGUUUUGAUGUUUUUAUCAAUCGUUUUAGCCAGAACUAUAAAAAAUGAGGGGUUGAAAUGAUCUGAGGCUGAGACUGCCACAACCCUGUUUUUGUACCGUCCCCGUUCCCCCUCACACACUGAUCAACACACACUGAAUGCUGACUAAAACACACACUUGUUUCUAAUAAUAUUGGAACUCACAGCGUCAUAUAAGCACACGAGAUUCUCCCUUUAAAGAGGACGAAACAUAUCUGUGUCAGUGGUUAAACUUCGCAGCACUGUUUUUUCACUGUGUCGUAAAAACUUUGUGAGUGUGUGUGACUUUGUACCAGCGGAGGGGUGUCCCGUCUCUGUGCUACGCUGCUCCAUAGUAACUCAUGCUCUACUUAGGGUGUUGCUGGUGGUCAUGACGACGCUUCAGAUCAUCACAUAAGGUGUCUACGUACGUGCACUGACGCAGUCCAACAGAUUUUUAAAAAACGUGACUCAUGUGAGACCCGUCCUACUGUAUCAACCGCCUGUGCUUCUCUCUGAGUGCUGUGACAUAUCUGACAUGCCAUGAAAACUGUGUCCCCCACACACACACACGUACACUUUUGCACCACAACGACGAUGCGUUGUAAAACCAUUACUGAAACUAUGUGAUGUUUUUUAUGGCUCUAAGUAGAUCUGUUUGUGCUGUGGGCACCGGCCCAGUUGUCUGUUGAUGCCACCGAUCUGACAAGAUGCUUUUCUUUCAUUGUGUAUUUUCGCAGUCAUGGGGAUGUUUCAGUGGAAAGAGUUAAACUUUACAGGUGAGCUUAAAGAAAGGGGAACUGAUCUGGGGGAACAACUAGCUGCAGUCAGUUUGCCGAAGUAUUUGGACAGCUGGAUCAAGUUGAAAUUUGCAUUUUUGAUCGAUUGAUAUGAAGCCACAAUAUUCCUUCACAGCAGAUUUAACACACAAAGCACAGGUGUAAAGAGUGACAUAAAUAAAUGCUGCAUCUCCUUAAGUUGUGCCAGCUCCACCGUCCUGGUAUCGCUCUCUAGAAUGGCUUUCUGGGACACUCAAGGGACAGUUCACCCAACAAUGAAAAAGGCACAUCUUCCCUCUUAAUUGUAGUACUGUUUAUUAAUCUGGAUUGUUUUGGUGUGAGCUGUUGAGUGUUGGAAAUAUCAGCUGUAGAGAUGUCUGCCCUCUCAGCUUGUGCUCAAAGCGUCAAAAAAACAUCUGAAAAACUCAACUUCAAUGUGUCUUUCCAGAAAUCAUGACCCAGUUACUCAAGAUAAUCCACAGACCUUGUUGUGAGCUGUUUCAUGCGGGAGCUAUUUUCUUUCUACCAAACUACACCUGCCAACUGUAUCACUGCGCAGUAGGAAGUAGAAAGAAAAUAGUUCCUACAUGAUACUGCUGACAACAAAAUGUGUGCAUUAUCUUAAGUAACCAGGUCAUAGUUAAUGCAAGGAGGCAUUGCUGUUGAGAUUUUCAAAUGUAUUUUUUGGCGCUCUGAGCACCACAUGCUGAGUGACAUCUAGUUAUUUCAAACAUGUAAGUAGCAAAUAAAUAAAAUAAUCAUACAGUAGUAGACAGACAUUUGAAAAAUAAGGUUACUAAAGGAAGCAUGAAAACUGCAAACAACAAUGAUUUGACUUACAUUUUCAAGAAGGAGUGGGAGGAAGUACAAACUUAUUUAUUCCCACCUCUUCUCCAUAAAUUAAUAGUCAAUUAUAUAGCUCCAUCAGCAUAAAGCUGUACAAUAAUUAAUUAUCCUAGACCUAUUCCAAUAUAUUAAAUUAGUUACCAAUAAUAUGUCUUACGGCAAGAUAUAAGACAAUUAUAAAAAUUCUACGUAUGGCGGAUAUCUCCAAAUUCAGCAACUCACACCAGAACAAUCUAGAUCGAUAAACCGCACUACAGGUAAGAGGACCUUUUUUUUUUAUUUUGGGGUGAACUGUCCCUUUAAUGGAACAGAGCCAUAUUUUGUGUUACUGGUUACACCUGUGCUUUUCUCUCCAUGACAGUAGGGUCAGAGUUGACAGUAGAAUCGGCAGCUGGUGCAGCGAGCACACACACAGCACUACAGUGACCUCCCUGCUUCAGCUCAAGUGUCAUUGAGAUCCAUUGUGACGCAACAGAUUGCAUUUUAACAAGACAGGGUAUCGACUUCUAAGUCUCACUGAUGUAAAUAGGAAACGUGACCAAAUAUAAACUUACCUUUACACUGAGUAGCUUCAGGCUGGGCGCAGCUGCUGCCUACAAGAGAAUCAGACAUCACAGUAGGUAACGUAACUUGCUGUCUGUGGUUUUGCUUCAUAUAAAUAGUUUUGCGAACGUGCGCAAAACUGAUAAACUCCAUAGUUAAAAUACUUUGGCAAAUGUCUUAAUACGUGUUAGAUUACAAACAGAACCUGACUGAAGUGAGGGGAAGAAACAUGUUGGACAAAGGAUUAAAAACCACAAUCUUUAACGGCAACAAUAUAUAUGCAGUUCUACAAAUGGAAGAAAUAUGCAUGUCUACUUUCUGGUAAUUUUUCACUGUUUACUUGAUAAAGAAAUGGAAAUCUAUGUUACUUGCAUCCUCGAGGUUAUGAAACGGCUCCGUCUGAGAUAUCCAAACCAAGUGAUGUUAUCUCACAGUAAAAAGCAUAAGCGAUUAGCAGAAGCCUUAGCUUGUAUGUAAGUAAAUUUAUUGCAUUGUAACCUUGUACUAAAGGGGCUACAUGUGUCUAUACUCUUUGAGUUUCAUUUGGAUGCUGGAUUUUUUUGCAUGACCAUACAGUUAAUAAACAUACAUUAAAAACUA